CUCUUUCUCUCGAACCAGGCUGCUUCAGCCGUGAACAACGCCGAAAUGGCCAAGAUUAAGGCUCGGGACCUGCGCGGCAAGAAGAAGGAGGAGCUGUUGAAACAACUGGACGAUCUGAAGGUGGAAUUGUCCCAGCUUCGGGUCGCCAAAGUGACAGGCGGCGCCGCGUCCAAGCUCUCCAAGAUACGAGUCGUUCGCAAGUCUAUCGCCCGAGUCCUCACUGUUAUUAACCAGACUCAAAAAGAAAACCUCAGGAAAUUCUACAAGGGCAAGAAAUACAAGCCCCUAGACCUGCGACCCAAGAAGACUAGAGCCAUGCGCCGCCGGCUCACCAAGCACGAGGAGAAGCUGAAGACCAAGAAGCAGCAGCGGAAGGAGCGGCUGUAUCCUCUGCGCAAGUAUGCAGUCAAGGCCUGAGAUGACAACGACAAUAAAGUGCGAGACUGACUGGC